GGCUCUUAAUGUCAGAAUGAAGUUUUAAAAAAGAUUAGAGCUGUGUUUUUUUCAAUAUGCAAUAUGCUAAAUGUAUAUAAAUAUUUAACUUGAAGUAGAAUAACUUGAGAAACUGUAUGACGAAGAAUUUUCAUAAAAUCAGGGCAUUCAUUUUGACAUAAAAGAAAAAGUAAAAAACCGGUUAUAGUGAAUAACAAUCAACUUUCAAGCUGGUGAAAGCGGUAACAUAAUGUCAUUCAAGUUUAGCUCUUUGAAGUCGGAAGGAAGUACCGUGCCUGGCUCAAACCCUGGAUAUUUUGGUGCCGACAUCAAUGGAACCAAGUUUAUUAUACCUUUAAACUAUGGCGGUUUGGGCUAUAGAUUUUUCGAUCAACUCAACAAUGAGUCCGACAAAGUCUUGCAGGUGGAUACAAUUAACAAUAUCACAGAAACUAAAAGGGCUGUGAAGACAAGAAGCGUGAGGUUGGCAAUCGAGAUGCAGGCCAGAGGAGUGGGCAAAAACGAUAUUAUUUUAAUUAACAGCAAAACUCACGCCCAUCAGACUAUAGUUUUGGUUGCCACUUUAUUUUUGGGUGCAAUAGUGUGUCCUAUAAAUCCAGACUCACCUUUUAAGGAAUGUUUGGAGCUUGUAAAGAAAGCCAAACCGAAAAUGUGCUUUUGCGAUUCAAGAACAGUGAGUCAAAUCGACAGGAUCUUACUGUCGCUGAAUAUAACUUCGGAAGUGGUCAGCUUUGGAGAUGAAGUUUCCGCUACCAUCAAGUUCGUCAAGCUGUUUCCAUUUAAAGAAGACACUAACUUCAAGCCAUUCUUUGUUGAAAAUCCGAGCAAAGAAGUGGCUUUUAUAGUGCCAACACAAGGCACAUGCGACGAACCUAAAUUGGUUUGCUUAUCCCAUCACAACAUCUACUUGCAAUGCUUGAACUUCAUGGAAAUGCUGGAGAAUCCAUCCAAGGUGAUUUCGUUCUUCCCAUUAUCCUGGAUAACGCAAACCAUUAUCGCCUGUUCCUCCCUUGAAUUUGGAGUGACGCGAAUAAUGGCUCCAAGUUUCAACGAAAGAACUGCUUGCAAGAUGAUUCAUGACUUUGUCAUCGAUGUAGCCGUUUUAGGCUCUGUUUUGGCUUUGAGACUUACGGGCAACGUAGCAGUGAAAGACUUCAACCUCAGUUGCUUGAAAUGCGCAGUAGUAGGGGUGGUAAACACCUCUAAAAACGAUCUGAUGCAAAUGAGGAGAGUUCUACCCAACGUGAAGUUUAUCCAAGUUUAUUCGCUAACGGAAACUGGACUGGUUGCCGCAGUACCUGCAGCAAACUACAGUGAGGCUCUGGAAAGACCAACUGCUGUCGGAAAAUUGCUCAGAAAUUGUAAAGUGAAAAUCCUGGAUCCCGAGACUAAACAAUCGGUCGGCCCAGGCCAAAUUGGCGAGCUGUAUUUUCAUGGAGACGGGCUAAUGCUUGGUUAUUUCAAGGACAACUCCCGAACAAUAGCAGCCAUAGAAAAGGGGUAUUUUAAAACAGGAGACUUAACAAAACACGACGGGGAAGGUUGGCUGUAUUUGGAGGGACGAAUAGACGAUAGAAUCAUUUUUGAAGAUGACAUAUUUUUGCCAAGGGAAUUGGAAGAUUGUAUAGUAGCACACCCGCAAAUCCGCGACGCUUGCAUAAUAGGAAACAACACCGUUUUAGUAGCUUGUGUUCAGAAGAAACCCGAUAGUAAACUCACAUCUGAUAAUAUAUUGAUGUAUUUAUCCAAAGUUCUGCCCCAAUAUAACAACAAACUGUCGGAAAUCGUAUUUCUGGACGAAUUUCCAAGAACAAGUGCAGGCAAUAUCAAGAAGCGUCUAUUGAAAGAACAGUAUUUGAAAAUUAAAAUCGAAUACACUCGAAGUUUGGCCAGUAUCAGUGCCAGUACUUUCGAUGAAGUCAGUGCCUCCCAAGUGCAAAUCAACCCCCCGCCAAAGUAAUUUGUAUAAAAAAAAAUUGAAAAGUUUAAAAAAAUUGUUUUGAUUUGCUCUUACGCGCUCAAUAAUUGUUGUUGAAGAAAUUUGAAUUAAAAUUAAGAAAAA